AUGAACACCCAGACGCACGAACCAAGCUUCGCGGUUCCGCCAAGUUCACUUCCUCGGGCACCUUCCUGCGUACAUCGCCACGAUUCAUAUAAUGGACAUGAAGCUGCACCAAAUGCCGCAGAGAAGAAGGGCUUCUUCCGAAAGGUCAAGGACAAAGCCAAAAUCUCGUUUGAAGAGCACAACGAGCGAAAGAGGCAGCAAAGGGGGUUGCAGCAGCAACAAAUGCAGAGAUUAUAUGGUCCAGGGGCAAGUACCGCACCGUUCCAUACCCAACAGCAUGCAUACCCGCAGGCCUCCAUGGCGCCUGGGAUGUUCCCAGAGAUGAUGGGCCAAAGGCGGCGAGGCGGCGACAUGGGCGGCAUGGCACUCCCAAUGGCGGGCGGGUUUGCAGGUGGUCUUCUGAUGGGAGACAUGCUAGGGAAUGGCCAUGAUGGAGGGAGUGACCAUGGAGGAGACUUUGGAGACUUCUAG